AUGGCGAACCCAAAGAAAAUCGGAACUCCUUGGCCUGAAUUCAACGACGGUCUUUCCUAUCACGACGUCGUUCGACCCUCCGACGCUGGUUCGACACUAAUUGAAUUUUACUCCAACAAAUACAAAAGUUCAGCUCCAUUACAAGGUUGGUUGCAGCGUAUAAAAAAUGACCAGAUUACAGUUGAUGAAGAAAUUGUUACUGAUCCAAACACACUGCUCAGAAUUGGCUCAAAGCUAGUCUAUAGCAGACUUCCGUGGAAAGAACCCGAUGCACCGCACACCAUAGAAGUCUUGUAUGAAGAUGAUGAUAUUAUAGCUCUAAAUAAGCCUUCUAGCCUGCAAGUUCUGCCUGGAGGUCUCUUCCAGCAAAGAACAGUUUUAACACAGCUUCAAUGGGAAACAAGCAAUGAAAGUACCUCUCAAGUACACCAAAAGCCUCAGCCUGUUCCCGUGCAUCGUCUAGGGAGGGGAACUUCAGGAAUUUUAUUAUGUGCAAAGACAAAACUAGCCAGAGCUAAUCUUGCAUCUUAUUUUGCUGAUGGAACAUCUCGCCUAGGAGGAAAAAGAGAUACAAACCAAGAGCCGGGAAAGAUUGCAAAGAUAUACCGAGCACUUGUGAGUGGGAUAAUUGAUAAUGACACGGUGACUAUUAAUCAACCAAUUGGAAUUGUAAAAUAUCCCGGUGUUGCUAAAGGGCUAUAUGUUGCUUCUCAUUCAGGGAAACCAGCACUCAGUGUAGUGGACAUUCUAGAAAGGAAUGUAAAAGAAAAUAGCACAUUAGUACAGGUGAAGAUUCAAUCUGGACGACCACAUCAAAUCCGCAUUCAUCUCUCUUUCAUAGGGCAUCCUUUGUUAGGUGAUCCUCUUUAUACUGUUGGUGGGCAGCCAAAAUGCUUGGAUUUCGACUUCGUGGAUGAGAGUUUUGCUAAAGAUGGGGGUUAUACAAGGCCUGCCAAACCAGUUCCUGGAGAUUGUGGGUAUUCUCUGCAUGCACAUAAGUUGUUUCUCUCCCAUCCAAUAACUGGUGAGUUAAUCGAAAUUAAUGCACCACUUCCGUCCAUCCUCCAAACACAUGAAGAAACUAAAGAAACAGCUAUUGUGCAGCAGACAACUGCUUAG